GAAACGCCAUUCCUAAGUGAAUGAACAAGAAGAAUAUUCCAUUUCUUUCGCAGAGGUACAAAAAAAGUUUUUACAAAAUGUCGUUCCUCUCUCUGGUUUUCGUUGUUGGUAUUUUGUCAGUUGUUGGUGCAGAUGAGGACGUUUAUCCUGAUACAUGGAUUCACAUUGAUGUAAAACCAAUAAUUGAUAAUGAUCGACUUUUCAAAAAAUAUACGGAAUGCAUUAUUGCAGAUGAAAACAAAGGAUGUCCGAAGGAGGCGUUACAAUUAAAACGUCUUUUGCCGGAAAUUUUGGAAACUGAUUGCGCCAAAUGUACUCCAGCUCAUAUCGAAAAAGCAAGAGAAGCAGCGACUCAUGUUUGUAACACACGAAAAUCUGAGUUCAUUGCAAUCAAUAGAAAAAUUGACCCCACCGGUGAAAUUCGUAAGCGUUUUGAAUCCAAGUUUGGAGGAGUUCCUGAAUGUGAUGCUCUACGUGUAUAAGUUGAAAAAAUAAAAUUGUCUUUACAAUUAUUUUAAAAAUAAUUAUGUACAUUGAUUUUGAUGAUUUCUUCGACCACAAUUGCUGUUAAAUUAAAAUAAAGUAACAAAGUUUUAAUUUA